AGGUUUAUGUUCGGAAGCGCUGGUCCUCACGGGGAGUGGCUGAACCCUCUUCCAAUUUCAUCCAAGACUUUCUUCUUCUUCGUCUUCUCGUCUCUUGCGAUCGAAACCAAAACCCUAUCACAAUCCAAAUCGGAGCUUCUCUAAUUUUCUGGAACCUUAUACGCGCCAUUUCUCCCAAAUCCCCGCUCUCCUCAUGGAUUCCUUCCAGCAGUCCCACGGCUACAUCAGGCCUCCCCACCCGCCUGAUCCCCACCACCACUUCCACCAGAUGCCUCCGCCGCCGCUCCCGCCGCUCCCGCCGCGUCAGCCUGCACCUCCCCAAGCACCAUGGUACUCCUCUCAAUUCCAGUACCACCACCCUUCUCAGACCCCCUCCCCUCCGCCGCAGUGGCCUCAGCCUCCGCAGCCGCAACACGCCGAGCAUUAUCCGCCGGCGGCAUCGUAUCCUCCACCUCCUCCUUCGUCGAACCCUUACCCUUACCAUCCCAGCCAGUUCCAUGCUCCUCCGCCUCCACCUCCUCCCCUUCCCCACGCUCGUUCUCACGCUCCUCCUCCUCCUCCUCCUCAGUUCACCCCUCACUCCCACGUUUCUCAGCAGCCCUAUCAUCAGGAAUGGAGCAACCCAAGCUGGCCUGCCAACCAAGGUUAUCCUGCCCAAAAUAAUGAAGAAGAUUGGGCUGCUAAGGCCAGAGCAUGGGCUGCUAAGUCUACUAUGGAAAGUCAGCAUCCACAGUCACACUUUUCACCUGCUGGAAGAGUGCAAGAGCAAAACCAUUAUCAUGACCAGUAUCAGCAAUCUGCUGACUCACGCUAUACCGAUGUUCAAAACCAGUCCCAUCCAUCAUCAACCUAUCAGCAAUUUUCCUACUUGGAUGCAUCUGCACAACGGCUCUCAGGACAUUCCCAGGAUGCUGCAUCUAUCAGUUUGGAGACCUCAUAUACUUCAGAUGGACAUUCAUAUGGUGCUAGAGAUGGAACCAACACUGGAGAUCCAACAGUUUCAUUUGAACAGGGAAACUUGCCUACAAAUCCAUCAGUUCAUCAGCAGGAGGUACCUUCUAGUUAUAGUUCUGUUACAGGUAAGGAGGCUGCUGAGCAUAUUCAACAAUCAUACACAAUGUUCCCACCACCGGUUUCCUCAUCACAAGAACAACAGCAUGUGCAACCUCCUCUCCAAGCAACCUUUGCACCUGGCAGCAAUUCAGUGGACCCUGCUAUCAGUCUUGCUGAUCAACCUUUAGACUUUGCACCUAGGUUUAGUCAUGAUAGUGACCUGCAAAUGCAGUCGACUUAUAGUCAUCAUGAUUCGGGUACUUCUAUGAACAACUGGGCUGCUCCAGUGGCCCCUGCCGGUGGUUAUGCACCAAUACCUGCAAUUCUUGCCUCUGGGCCACAGCAUGAUCCUUCUAUUUCUGGUCCUGGUCAUGUGGCACCACCAUUUGGAAGGUUUCCAGGACCUGGACUACCUCCAGCAAUUCCCCCAACUAGUGCACCCUUUGCUCUUAGCACAGGAGCUGCAGUUCACCCUACAGCAGCUUUCUCUGCUGAUCCAUAUGGUGUUCCAGAACGUCCAAAGAAGGCUUCAGUCCCUAACUGGCUUAGAGAGGAAAUAAAGAAAACAGUCAUUGCUGCUCCUUCUGCAGAGCACCCAAAAGCGGAAACAUCUGUGGACGAUGGCAUUGGUAAAACGUAUGCAAAGGGUGAUGAGACAGAUAGCAAGAGCAUUGAUUCCUCUAGAUCAGAUGAGGAGGAGGAUGAAGAGGAUCUUGCUGAAGCAGCUAGAACUGCAGCAAUCAACCUAGAAAUAAAGAGAGUUCUUACGGAAGUUCUUUUAAAGGUUACUGAUGAAUUAUUUGAUGAAAUUGCAACAAAAGUUCUUGAUGAAGAUGGUCUGACUGCUGAAGUGGGUCAUAAUGGUGCCACUUCAAACCAUAAGCCAUCAGCAUCUCCACCAUCAUCAGUUCAAGUUCCUAAGGCAUCUGCAAAGGUUCUAGUUCCAGUCAAAGCAAAGGAGUUCGAGAAUGAUGUUGCCAUUGAAAAAUCUAAUUCCAGUUCUCCUGGAGAUGUUUUAGGUCUUGGAAAUUAUGGUUCUGAUGCUGAUGAUGGAGAUGAUGAAAUUGAGAGUUCCAGUGUGCCAACUCCUUCAAAAGAUGCUACUAAUCGGUCAAGGCUCAAGAAAAGUUUGGAAGAUACAAAUAAUUUCCCUGUUAAUAGCAGCUCUCAACUUGAAGAGCAUGGAAGAAGUCAAACAAAAUUAGAGGAUAAGCCGGUCAAAACCGGCUCAUUACAACCCAGAACUAGCAACGGGGCUGCUACUGAUCAGUUGCAGGGUAAUAAGGUGCCCAGAGAAUUGGAUAAUUCGAAUUCUAAAGAUAAUAGGUGGACUGAAGCCUUGGAAAGAAGCCACAAUGGAUUUAAUGGUCUUAGUUCUAAAGAUUCUUCAGGGUUACCAAAAUCUGAAUUGCCUGGAAAGAAUGCUGCCGUGGAGAAAGCAGUAGAUGAUAAUCCAGUUAGGGAAGGCAAAAGAAGAUCAGAGAAAAAUGACCGACAUGAUAGGAGUUCUGAAAAGGAGUCUGUUAAGGAGGUACAUGUUAACAAGACUGGGACAGAUGAAAAAAGUGAUGAGAUCCAUAGAAGAAAGGAUGAGAAACACGGGAGAAAGGAAAAAAGAGAUUACAACAGUGAGGCAAAAGAAAGAAAGGAGCUCAAUUUACGGCAUGGAGAGAAGGCAAAGGAAUCAGAGUCGAGGAAAAAGUCCUCUCAUGAUGUCAAGGAUGAUAAGAAGGAAGCAGACAAGCCCCAUAGAAGUAGUGGCUUUGAAGAUACUAGCCGGAGAAGGGGACAUACAAAGGAUAAGGGGGAGCAUAAAUCUAGGCAAAAAGAUGCAAGCAACCCUGAUAGGCACAAAAGACGACGUUCAUCUUCAGUAGGCAGUAGAGGCAGAACCAGCAGGGACCAUGCUGUUAAUCAUUCUGGUGUUUCAAGCGGUGAAGGUUCAGAUGGCUCAAAAAGGAAGCCACAUUCAAGAAGACGGGACUUAUCACCAUCUCCAGUCAGGUCUAAGAGAAGACAAGUUUCGCGGUCUCCUUAUAGCAAGCGUUCUCAGCGCAGGCAUUCUCCCUACUCUUCUCUUGAUAAUUCCAGGUUUGUUGAGGAAGGAGGUCAAGAUCCAGAUCACCUGUUCGGCGGCAAAGAUGAAUGCCAGGGUGAAAAGAUGAUUGGCAUUACAUCUACAGGCCCAAGCAAGAGAAACAUAAAUUUGAAGUGUUCAGAGCGAAUGAUGCUUUAUUAUGUCAUUGAAAUGUUUAUUCUUGCAAGUGAAUCUUUUAAGGUGGAGCUCUGGUCAAUUUGGCUAUCUGGGUUAGUCUUGAUUGGUCUUUCUCUCUAUGUUACUCAGAGGCUACCUUUGCACAAUAAGGAUCACAGCAGAAUCACUAUCCCCAAGCUCAACAACAAUGUCGCAUCGGAUUCAACAGGUUUGAGGAUUACCAUAUUCACUGCUCCUAAGCCUUUUAAGGGCUCCACUGGGACAAAGCAGUCACUGGCUGUUCAAUCAUGGCUUGCUCUAUCUCCAAAUGUUGGUGUUGUUUUGUUCAGCAAGGAUCCUUCUGUUGCUUCUUUUUCUGGAGCUUUUGGCUCCCGGGUUUUGGUUGAUACCAACAUUGAUUUCACCUUCCUUGGUACACCUUUUCUUCAUUCCAUGAUUGCAAGAUCACACUCAUUCACAUCAGACAUAUAUGCCAUUGUUGAUCCUGAAACUGUUAUCCUUUCCGGAUUCAUCUCCACCUUAAACCAUGCUUAUGAACUUGACCAUGAUUGGCUUCUAGUUGCUUCAUCACAAAAUGUGUCUCACUUCCCAUUUCAUUUGGACAAUUCUGGGAAACAUUGGCUACUAGACAAUGGGGAACAUGUGAAGAUCCAUGAGAUGCAGAAAAUGCUUCAGCAGAAUUGGCAGGGGAAUCAAUGCUACACAAGCAUGAUCAUUGCAUGGAACAACAAUGAUGCGCCUCUACAUAAUGGAGUUCUUCCUCCUUUCUUGUACAAUAAGGGUAUACACAACAAUUGGCUUAUUCAUGAAGCAAUGUCAUCUGAGUUCAGAUUUGUGUUUGAUGCUACUUUGACCAUCACAAGUUUCCAUCUGAAUGGUGACCAGGAUAUUGAAAAUAGGGAAUGGGAGUACAUUGGAAAUUCUCAUUUAGGUGCACAUUAUGGCUCAUUCUUCUUCAGUGAAGCCAAUUAUUCUAGCAUUCCCAAACUUUUCAAGUGUUAUAAACAAUACAUUAUUCUUGACACUAAUAAGAACAUUGUUUAUCCGAUUGGACACAAUAGAAAGAUGAACUUGUGGAAGGAAAAUAUUUUCUCUUCUUGGUUAGAGAAAAACACCAUGCAUUGCAUUGCUUGUCUGAAAUCACAGAUCAUCAGAAUAUUGGAUUGCUCUCUAAAGGGUCAAAUGAAAACUUCAGAGCCUCUGGAGAUUCCUUUCUCUUUAGAAUCACUCCUUUCUAUCUCGGCGGACGAAACCAAAACCAUUGUUCUCACAACUGCUGGAUUUAGCUAUAAGGAUAUGCUGAUGAGUUGGGUUUGCAGAUUGCGAAAACUGUCCAUUGAAAACUUCAUUGUUUGUGCUCUAGAUCAGGAAACUUAUCAAUUCUCCAUCUUGCAGGGAAUUCCAGUUUUCAAAGAUCCAUUAGCACCAAGUAAUAUUAGUUUUGAUGACUGUCACUUUGGAACAAAGUGCUUCCAGAGGGUGACAAAAGUGAAGUCAAGAAUGGUCUUAAAGAUACUCAAGCUAGGUUACAAUGUUCUUCUUAGUGAUGUGGAUACAUAUUGGUUCAAAAACCCACUUCCCUUGCUUCAAUCUUUUGGUCCUGCUGUUCUUGCUGCACAGUCUGAUGAAUUCAAUAAAAAAGGACCAAUAAACCUUCCAAGACGCUUGAACUCUGGCUUCUAUUAUGCUCACUCUGAUGGUCAAACCAUUGCUGCAAUGGAGAAAGUGGUGAGUCAUGCACAAACUUCAAGCUUAUCUGAGCAGCCAAGCUUCUAUGACAUGCUGUGUGGAACAGGAGGAUCCAACCGUGUCGAUGAUAAUCGAUGUGUUGAAUCCGAAACAAACAUGACAGUAUAUUUCUUAGAUAGAGACCUUUUUCCAAAUGGUGCAUACCAAGAUCUGUGGCAGAAGAAGAAUGUGAGUGCAGCAUGUUUGAAGAAAGGAUGCUUCAUUAUCCACAACAACUGGAUCAGUGGGAGGUUGAAGAAGCUUGAGCGCCAAGUCAUGUCAGGUUUGUGGGAGUAUGACUCUGGCACAAGGAUGUGCCUGCAGAGUGGAUCGGAUAGGCUGCAAAACUUUCGGUUGCAGGCUAUGCUGAAGCGUGUUGUUCACAAGUUAGGCCUGGUAGAGGAGACUAAGAAAGAUUACAAGAAGAAAAACAAGGCCAAAGGAAGCAAGGCUUCCUCAGAGCUAAGCUCAAGAUCAAGUGAGUUAUUUGUGAAGAUAAAGCAUGUAGGUGGACAAAAGGAUCUGUACAAACAUGCAGUUCCGGUGUCAAAGUUGAUGAGAAAGCAUCAUGGGAUGUGUAUUGCGCUGCCACAAGUCUUCAAGGAUCCUCACAAUGCAGUGCUCAAUGAAGGAGAGGUUUUGCAGCCUGGUCACAAGUACAUCCUAAUCUCUUUCAAGGAUGUGGACAAGCUCAAACGCAAGUUUCCGGCGCAAGGCAAAACCAGUAGGCCGAAUGGGGUGGCGGCGGUUGAAAAGAUGGACAAAAAGGCCAGGUCCCCAAGUGGACACAAACUCAAAGCUCAGAAUGGAGUAGCCGGACGAAAGACACAUGAUGAGAUCACAUUCACCAAGGAGAAUGGCAACAUGAAAAUGCCAAAUGGAUUUGCAGGCCAAAAGAGGUUGGAAACAAAGACAAUUUUGUCUCCAAGUGGAAAAUGCAACAAAGGGCAAGCCAAAGUGGCAAAUGGACUAGUUGAUGAUGAGGAAGAGAUAGUGGACACAAUGGUGGAUGGAUCUCUAGGUGGAGAUGAGGAAGAACAGUCUCUUUUUUCCUCUGCAAGGGACUUCUAUGUCCCUAAGGAGAAGAGAUCGGCGAGACCUUGUUCGAGACAAAAAGGGCUAAAGGGGAGGAGUCCUUUUGUGCCACCUCUCCCAAAGGGAAGAUCAUAUAGAAGUAUGGGAUGGCAACCAAGCCUCCCAAGUGUGAAAGAGCUAUCACCAUGAUAUUUUGCUAAGGUUUUACUUUUUCUUUUGUGUAACUCCCUAUUCUGGUAUGGUAUUAUGCCUUGCCUGCCACUCAUUACUGAUUUCAUCUCACGGAUCUGAUUUCUAAUAGGUCCUGCUACAUCUUCUUAAUAAAAUUAAAACUCAUCUCCA